UCACAAAUAUCUUGUAAAAAUACAAUAUAAAUUGGCAAUAAGAGUAAAAAAAGGGGUAUGAGAUGGAAAUGGGAUCAUGUGGUGGACACUGGUCACGUGACCCAGCGCAAGGGCCCAGACAGCAUCAGAUUGAGAGACAGUCAGCGACGCCGAAAACCCCUUCAUCUGACAUCUACACACACAGAAAGGAAUCCCCGACGCCGAUUGGCCGACGGCUUAUCUCAUGCGAUGACGUCACAGGCGGGGCCAGCGCUCCCGCUCUCGAGCAGCUGACGCACAGGAGAAUCCCGUCCGCGCCGAGAUGAGCACGCGGAGAGGAGGGUCUGCAGUGAUUGGGGCAUCUGGCCGAUGAUGUCAUGAGGUUACGUUUCCAACGUGAGGGCGGAGAAAGUUUCACGUGACUGGAUUAUUUCAUUCUCUGUGCUCCCCGCACAGGUAAAUUCUCACAGACUGUGAAACGAACGCCGCGCCGCAUUUACGCAUGUGCCCGGUCUGUAUCUUUAUGCGGCCCUGCGCAUGCAAUUGCGCUUAAAGCGCUUGUGAAGCUGCGGCAGGACCCCAGGGACCCACCGGUGAGCAGGGUGAACGUGUGGAUUUCUCCGAGCAGGUAUGUUUGCGGCGGUGGAGCAUGGUCCUGUCCUGUGCAGCGACUCCAACAUCCUGUGCCUGUCCUGGAAGGGUCGCGUGCCCAGGAGCGAAAAGGAGAAGCCCGUAUGCAGGAGGCGUUACUAUGAGGAGGGCUGGCUGGCCACGGGUAACAGCAGGGGCGUGGUGGGGGUGACGUUCACCUCCAGUCACUGCAGGAGAGACAGAACCACCCCGCAACGCAUCAACUUCAACCUGAGAGGACACAACAGUGAGGUGGUGUUAGUCAGGUGGAAUGAACCCUUUCAGAAGCUGGCCACAUGUGACACGGACGGCGGGAUCUUUGUGUGGAUCCAGUACGAGGGCCGCUGGUCUGUCGAGCUGGUCAAUGAUCGGGGAGCUCAGGUGAGUGACUUCACGUGGUCUCAUGAUGGGACGCAGGCUCUGAUCUCCUACCGUGAUGGUUUCGUGCUGGUUGGCUCGGUGAGCGGCCAGCGUCACUGGUCCUCUGAAAUCAACCUGGAGAGUCAAAUCACCUGCGGGAUAUGGACCCCUGACGACCAGCAGGUGUUGUUCGGGACAGCAGACGGGCAGGUGAUCGUCAUGGACUGUCACGGGCGGAUGUUGGCUCAUAUUCUACUCCAUGAGGCGGAGGGGAUCGUCAGCAUGGCCUGGAACUACCCCAGCUUUCUGGUUGAGGACAGCAGCGAGAGCGACACGGACUCAGAUGAUAUCACGCCUCUGCAGGUGUGCAGCCCAAAGCCCUUGUUAACCGUCUGCUUUACCUCCGGAGACAUCAGUCUCAUGAGCAACUAUGACGACGUCUCUCCCACAACAAUACACACAGGGCUCAAAGAUGUGGUCGCGCAGUGGUGCUCUCAGGGUGACCUGUUAGCUGUGGCUGGGAUGGAGAGACUCGGGAUGACCUCUGACCCUGCCAGUGCCCAAGCAACCCGAAAUGCCAUUGUUAAGUUUUACAAUGUCCUAGGUGAACACAUUUACUCGCUGGAAACACCUGCUCAGAGACAGAUCAGCACAUUGUGUUGGGGCCAUCGAGAUUCUCGCCUGUUUCUUGCUUGCGGCCCAGCGCUGUAUGUGGUUCGGGUGGAACACAGGGUUGUCAGCCUACAGCUGCUGUCUCAGCAGGUCAUCGCCAGCGCCGUACAUGAGGAGAAGGAUGUGGCCAAGCUCAACAUUCCCUCUCGUCUAAGCACAUUUGUGUCUUCUGCCUUUGCUCCAACUAUUAAGCCCCCUAUCCCAGAUCCCAAUAACAUGCGAGACUUUGUUAGUUACCCGGCGUCCGGUAAUGAGCGUCUCCACUGCACUAUGAAGCGCACUGAGGACAACCCUGAGGUUGGCGGCCCAUGCUUUACCUUGUACCUGGAGUAUUUGGGAGGGCUCGUCCCUAUACUGAAAGGUCGAAGAAUUAGCAAGCUACGCCCUGAAUUUGUCAUCAUGGACCCAAAGACUGAUGGGAAAACAGAUGAAAUCUAUGGAAACAGCUUCAUCCCCUCCAUGAUUGACAGCUGCAAUUGCUCAGAUUCCAGUGACAUUGAGCUCAAUGAUGAUUGGGUGGGAAAGAAAUCACCAAAGAUCUCCAGAGGGAGCAAGUCCCCCAAACUUCCCAGAGACUUAGUUUGUCCCUUUACCAACAGGAUAAAUAUAGAUCCCCGUAAAUCCCCCAAGCUCUCUCGCACCACCCAGGAAAUCUCAAGAUCACCACGGUUACCCAUUCGCAAACCCUCCAUUGGCUCUCCAAGUUUGACUCGGCGAGAGUUCCCUCUAGAUGACAUCACACAGCACAAUUAUCUUGCGCAAGUCACGUCCAACAUUUGGGGAACAAAGUUCAAAAUCGUUGGACUGGCAGCAUUUUUGCCAACAAAUCUUGGUGCAGUUAUCUACAAGACAAGUUUGCUUCACCUCCAGCCCAGACAGAUGACCAUCUACCUCCCUGAGGUGAGAAAGAUCUCCGUGGAAUACGUAAACCUACCUAUGUUCAGUCCUAAUGUCUUCAGUGAGGAUGAGGAUGACCUGCCUGUCACAGGAGCGUCAGGAAUCACUAACGAUAAUCCACCCUGCACUGUCAACAUACCCAUUGCCCCCAUACACAGCCCCGCCCAAGCCAUGUCUCCAACCCAAAGCAUUGGCCUGGUCCAAUCCCUUCUAGCCAAUCAAAACGUGCACCUGGAUGUGUUGUCCAAUCCAUCAUCGACUGUGGGACCACCUGGGGUGGCUGACCAAAGCCAACAGGACACUGUGCUCCCAGCACAGUUCACUGUUCCUGCACGGUAUUCCAGUCCGGGCCAGGUGAUUUUUGGUGGUAUGGAUGUUGGACGGCUUUUAGUUGCUCAACAUUCAGCAUCCCAACAACAACAGCAGCAGCAAACGCAGCAGCAGCUGCAGCAUCAUCAACAACAGCUACAACAACACUAUCAACAGCAGCAGCAUCAACAGCUUCAGCAACAGCUUCAUCAGUAUCAGCUUCAACAGCAGCAGAUGUUGCAGCAGCAACACAUGCAACAGCAAAUCCAACAGAUGCAGCAACAGCAGCAAAUGCAGCAGCAACUUCAACAUCACAUCCAACAGCAGCAUCUACAAAUGCAAAUGCAGCUGCAGCUACAACAGCAGCAGCAUCCCAUCCAAAUUCCUGUUCCAGCUUUGCCCUCAGGUCAGUCGCCUUGCCCGGUCAUUCAGCUCCCACAGAGUACAAUGGCAAUCUCUCCCUCUUCAGGAGAUCACAGUACAGAUCGAGGGGAGCUAAAGGUUAAAACCAAUCGUUCUGUCCAACAACUGGCCGAGGGGGAUGCGGUUGUUUUCACUGCUCCUCUUGAGAUAAGCAAGAUGAACCCUCCCCCUCCCUAUCCUGGCACAGUUCCGGCAGUCCCAUCCUCUUCAAAUUGCACACCCGGAGCAUCAGGGGGCAGCACUAGCACACCAUCCUCAGGUGAAGUUUGUCUGAAAAAAGGUGAUCUGAGCUUGUAUCCAGCUGGCGCGCAGGCGGCCCAGUACCCCACCCCGUUAGGCUACGAACGCAUUACCACGUUUGACAGCAGUGGAAAUGUGGAGGAGGUGUGUCGUCCCCGUACACGACUUGUUUGCAACCAGAAUGUUUACACCUUGCAGGGCCCCGGAAGCUCUGCCACCCUCAGGGUCACAUCAUCUUCCUCAAAUGCAGAGGGCAAGAAGGUGCAGCUGCCCUACGCCUCAGCCACAUUGAACCGUCUCACUGUUCCAAGGUACUCUAUACCCAGCGGGGACCCACCCCCUUACCCUGACACAGCCAAUCAGGUCGGAAUGGGGCGGAGCCCUGCCCAGAGACUUGAUGGCAGCCUGAUUCAUGCUACGCUGAGGCGGAACAGUCGGGAAGCUGCACUUAAGGUUUCUCAGAUGCUGGAUCCCCAGAGGACUCUCCCCAGUAAGGCCAAAGCCAGUACUUUGUCUGCUCCCUACCAGCAGAGAGGGCCAACAGCUCUGUACACAUGCAGUCAAUGCAGUAGUAGCAAUGGUGGUUUAACUGGUGGCGCUACCACCAGUGGAAGUAACGGAAUAGCUGGUGGGACGAUCAUUAGGCAAGAUUUCCCACCAACGGGGGGUGGUGCACCUCACAGCACUGUUAUCGUGCACUCUAAUAGUGCUUCACCUCUGCCUUCUCAAUCCUCCUAUAAUUUGCUCAGUAUGGAUGGCGGUGGCGUUGUGGCUAGUGGAGCUGGAAACAGAGAAAGGACUGACUAUAUCAACUCUGCCUUUACAGAGGAUGAGGCUCUGAAUCAGUCUCUGAGACAAAUGGGUCUCAACACGGAGGUUGUAAGUCUGACCGUCAAACGACCGCCACCGUAUCAAUGGGAUCCGUCUGCUACUGAAGAGAUCUGGGUCCCUCAAGAGCGUGCUCCAUCUUUGCCCGCCUCUGGACCUCCUGCAUCUCACAAGCCUCCCCCGCUUAUCCUGAGCCCCGCACAGCAUCUAGAUGUUUCCCGUCUUCCCUUUGUGCUCUCACCUAAGUCUCCAACAAGUCCUAAUGCAGCAACUUUCCAAACACCAGGAGCUUAUCAGAUUGCCUUGCCCUAUCCACAAAGUGGAGCCUACAGUGGUCCCCACCUUCAGCCGAUGCAAGGUUCUCCACGACCCCUUUCACCCAAAGAAGUAGUUGCUCCACUUCCCUUUCCCCAGCAAGAACAAGCGUUGGUCUUGCCACCUGGUUAUCCACCCAAUUUGCCCAACCUUGCUUGUUGCCCCCUUCCACCAAUGUACCCGGGAACAACGACUUGCUCCAGUCUGCCUGUGACUCCCAUUCCUCUUCAUCCAUGGGGUACUUACAACCCCUGUCCACCCAUGCCAAGCCCUUCAGGUCUACCACCGUCUCUUCCACCAAAGGCCUCCCAAAUGUUAGAUAAGCCUGUUCUGUCUCCUCCCCCUCAACCACCUCCCCUGCCUUCACCUCCUCCAGACCGCCAAAGUGCAGUCAGUCCCCCGGAUGCUAUAGCUGAAGCUGGGGAGAGCUUUCAGGAGGUGCUCUCGCUGAGUGAAAGCCCACUUCCCCAAAGAGCAGACAGAUUUACCAAGAAAAACCGAAAGCGUGUCGACAACAGUAGGACAGAUGAAGCCAAUGUUCCAGCCAUCACAGAGGGAGGCAAUAAAUCCAAAAAAGAGGGUCGUGCGCUCAGUGAUUUCAACUCCCUGAUCUCCAGUCCGAGGUUGGGCGGACGAGACAAGAAGAAACCCAAAGGCCAGAAAGAGCAGCUGAAAGCCAAAAAGCUAAGCAAGGCCACCACAAACGAGUUUCAGGACAGUUCAGAGAGCGAACCAGAGCUCUUCAUCAGCGGAGAUGAGCUGAUGAAUCAGAGCCAGAGCGGAAAAAAGAGCUGGAAGGCAAAAAGGAACUUGAGGGCUGGAGGGUGCGAGCUGGAUGAAAUCAAAUGCAAAAAGGCUAAUGAGAAAGAGGACCGUGGACUGGGCAGCCAAGGGUUUGUCUACAUCAUGGCCAACAAACAGCCACUUUGGAAUGAAGCCACACAAGUCUACCAGCUGGACUUUGGUGGGAGAGUCACGCAGGAAUCAGCUAAGAACUUUCAGAUUGAGCUUGAGGGGAGACAGGUGAUGCAGUUCGGAAGGAUCGAUGGGAACGCAUACAUCCUGGACUUUCAGUACCCUUUCUCAGCUGUGCAGGCUUUCGCUGUAGCACUUGCUAAUGUCACCCAGCGCCUCAAGUGAUUGUCUGGGCAUGAACAUUUUAGCCAAUUCUUUGCUUUCUUAGUUCUUUCUUCUUUUGUUGGUGUUCUUCCCAGUUUAAGAUGCAGUUUUUAUACUUGAAAACUACAUCUGGGAGGUAACGCUACAUUUUACAAGUGUUUGAGGUACUACUGGGCACUGAAAUCAAUUGCUGUAAAACAUUCUGUCAUAUUACUAAUUAAUUUUCUUUCGCAUACUAAUGUUUGUCAGAGGUAAUAUCUUACUUCCAGGGACUUUUUCCUUGGAGUACAAAUGCUGGCAUCGGAUUGGAUGGUUUUUGGCUUGCAGUCAUAAAAUGUAUUUUAUUAAGAAAUAGUAUGAGUGAAGCCGCUCUGUAGCUGUAUACUGUAGGUGUUUCUGUAAGGAUGGAUUGAAUAAGCUCAAAAGUCAACACAGUUAUGCUGUGCUCAUUAGCAUUUUAGCUAGCUUCUCAUGUUUUUAGUGAAUAAUUCCUCUCAAACAGAUUUGCCUUCGUGUUCUUUCCUUCACAUUUUUACCUAUUGUACUGUCCUGCGUGUGUCAUCAGUUUUUGUUUAACUAACUCGUUCACUUUUAUGUUCUGUUAGUCCUGGUUUAGAGCUCUUGAUUUUUUUCUCCUCUCCUGAAAUGAAGUGACUGCUCCCUGCUGACGCUUCUGUGAAGUGAAUCUUGUGCAAAUGAGCAACAGGAAAUAUUUUUCUACUGUGCUUCAACAAUGUCAUUUCAUAUCUUUUAUUUUUCGAUACAAUGUGUGACAUGUGUUGUUGUCAGUAUAUCGCAGUGUUAGAUGAAGACAGUUAGAGCAUGAAUAGUUUUCAGUAGAUUUCAGUUUGUGGGGAACAGAAGUAAGAUGGAAAUGAGAUGACGAUGAAACAUGACUAUAGAACAUACUUGAGGACUUCUUUCAUCUUCUGUGACUGAUAUCAAGAAGAAAACGGAAGUCCCAGCACACACGAGAGUAAAUCCACGAGUCAUGUGCUCUCCAAAGGACUUUAAGGGGCCUCUAGACAGCGGUUGUUACAUUUUUCUUUUUUUCUCAAAUGAUUUUGAAAGGCUCAGACAGUAUUUGAGAUGAGAACCAAUACAGCAUUAAAUACACUGUGUGUGUGUGUGUGUGUGUGUGUGCGCAUGCGUGUUUGUUGUAUGUCAUUUUUAACGAAUGAUCCAAACACAAAGCCUAGUUUUCAUUCUUUUUCUAUGUAGUAACUGUCCUGAUAGUGAACUAAAAAGAAAGUAGUUGUUUUAUCCUCUGUUCUUGCAAGAUGAUUAUUUAUUUAUUUAUGUCUUGUUUUUUUGUGCAAUAUUGUUGAGACUGUUUUCUUAACCAUUGUCAAUACAGCAGUCAUUUUGUGUAUGUGGAAGCGACUUGAGUUUGUUGUUGUAUAUAAUGUGGAUGACGAUGAUGGACGGAGGGGCAGUGGUGGGGUUUGGUCCUGCAGGUGUGUGUUGGUGGUUGUGGUACGAUGUGGUGUGUAGUGAAGUGGAUUUGGGUGGGUUUUGUCAGGUGUUUUGUUGUACAGUGCUCAAGUUUGUGUAUUACUACGAGGAAAGGAGAGCCGUUCAUCACCUCCCCGCCAAUGAGACUUGGAAGAUGUUAUUUCCCUGUUAAAUGACUCUUUUACAUAUUGACGACUUCUGAAAUGUUUUGAAAAUCUUAUCAAAAUUUGCCCCUAUUUAAAAAAUUGAGGUGAUGUGUUGGUUUUACCCUGUAUUGAUUUGAUUGGUGGUCUAUGUUGGGCUUUGUUGUACAGUUGAUUUAAUGGAAUGGAAUUUGCAUAGGUUAAAAAGAUGAAGGAAAACGCGCAGAUUUUGCGGACAAGUGUUUGUAUUGAAAGGUACAAAGGCAUGCUGGGUACAUUAUAUUACGGAGUAUGACUUUUUCAUUGUGUUUUAGACUCGGUGAGCAUGGAUUGGCUUUGAAAUUGAAAGACGCACGUCACAGUUUGUUAUAAUUACAACAUUUAUAUUUUACAGCUCAUGUUUGCUUUAGUUUGCCAAGUUUGUUUCCGUAGUGUCUUAAAUAUAUAAAAUACCCAAAUGAUGCCAUUUGGUUUGUGCCGACUGCUUAGCAGAAAAGGUGUGUUUAGAUCUUUCUUUCUUUCUUUUUUGCAAAUGUCUUUGUUUAUUUGAUCUAUACUGUAUAUUUAGGGGCCUUAUGCUAUGCUACUUCCUCCUUUUUUCUGGAUUGUUGUUUUUUAAACAGACUCUGGGGUUCGGGGGUUAGGCCUAACUUACUUAAAGCCUAUGCACUAGGGUUUGCAUUGUACUGUAAUGAACAGUUUUGUUGUUCCUCAAAGCUAAAUCGUGUCCUUUGUCAUUGUGUAGCCCAAUAAAGUGUACAGGUUGA